UUAUUGUACUAGAUGCUAAACAAUCUCCAUGUUUAUGACAGAUAAGCCGCCGUUUGCAUAGUCAAAGUUCAGGAGAAGUUUGCGUAGUCAAAGUGUCUUCUGGCGUUGCGUAUUGCGGGUUGCAUUUCUGUGAAGUUUCUGCCGCGCAGAAGUCUACUGUUACGCAUCUUCAUUCAGUUCACAUUGACAAGCACCAAUGUCCAAUGCACACAUUUUGUUUCCUGAUGAUGGGCUCCGAAAGUAGACUUCUACGUGUUCGCCGCGAUUUUGUGGCCCUCAGUCUACACGAGGCAUAAGCAUAACCCAUAGAAUUGGAGAGAGUUCGCCGGAAACAGCAGGGAGCCAUGGCGUCCCCGUCCCAUACUGGCAUCAGGCGGCGCUUCGCUCUGCUAGCUUCUGCAACGCUUGCCAUCCUGGUCCUCUGCGGCACCUGCAGCUGCCUGCAGUUCAGCUACCCCACCUUCGGCGCCGCCAAUGAGGCCGAUUUCAGCUUCACCCCCGGCGCCGGCAUCGAAGAUGGAGCCCUGCAGAUCACGCCGAGCACCGGAGACCUGCGCCACCGGUCGGGGCGAGUCUGCUACGCGCGGGAAACCCUCAAGCUGUGGAACCGCAGGCGGACGGCGCUGACGUCGUUCAGGACGGAGUUCGUGCUCAACAUCGUCCCGCGGAACGGGACCGGAGAAGGUAUGGCAUUCAUCCUCACAAACAACCCGGAGUUGCCCCGCAACAGCAGCGGGCAGUGGCUGGGACUAGUGAACGGCCAGACGGACGGGUCGCCGGCGAACCGGAUCGUGGCCGUGGAGUUCGACACGAGGAAGAGUGGCAAGCACGACCACGACGACAACCAUGUCGGCCUCGACGUCAACGGCAUCGAGUCUGCCAGUGCGUAUCCUGUCGGCAAUCUCUCCAUCGUGCUGUCGAGCGGGGCUGAUGUUUGGGUCACCAUACAGUACGACGGUGCGACGCUGAGCAUAGUCGCGGUACAGACGUACAGCUUCAUGUACGCCUGGGCCGGUGACCUGUCGCAGUAUCUCACGGACGACAUCACCGUCGGCUUUGCAGCUUCAACCGGCGACUUCACCGAGCUGAAUCAGAUCAAGUCUUGGAAUUUCACAACACUAGGCGACGAUGCAGACGGCAGAUGGCGACACAGGAAGAAGAUGAGAUUGCUUCUCGCCUACCUGAUCCCGUUCGCCAUAGCCGGAUCGUUCCUGGCGUUCUGCGUGUGGAGAAGGCUGACGCGUCCGAGAAGGCUAGCCUACCGCAACCUCGAGAAGAUGAUCGACGCGCAAGGCCCGGUCAAAUUUAAGUUCAGGGAGCUAAGAAAUGCUACGGCCAACUUCAGCUCUGACCGUAAGCUCGGCAGAGGCGGCUUCGGCACCGUGUACCUUGGCUACCUGAAGAGGAUGGGCGUGAACGUGGCCGUGAAGCGGGUGAUGACGAGUGGCAACUCCAAUCGCGGGGAGCAGGAGUUCGUGGCGGAGGUGAACUCGAUCAGCAAGCUGUCGCACCGUAACCUCGUGAAGCUCAUGGGAUGGUGCCACGAAAGAGGCGAGCUGCUGCUUGUCUACGAGUACUUCCCCAUGGGCAGCCUGGACAGGCACCUGUACGCCGAUGCCGGAGCAAUAAGUAAUGCGCCGGCGUCGGCGUCGGAGGCGACGCCUGAGCUGACAUGGGAGCGGCGGUACAGGAUCGUCUGCGGUGUGGCGUCGGCGCUGGACUACCUGCACCACGGGAGCAGCAAGCGGAUCCUCCACCGGGACGUGAAGGCCAGCAACGUGAUGGUGGACGGCGAGUACGAGGCGCGGCUGGGCGACUUCGGCCUGGCCCGCGUCAUACAGCGUGACGGCGCGACGCACCACUCGACGCAGGCGGUGGCGGGCACCCGCGGGUACAUGGCGUACGAAAGCUUCUUCACCGGCCGCGCCAGCCUCGACACGGACGUGUUCGCGUUCGGGGUGUUCGUCCUGGAGGUGGUCAGCGGGAGGCGACCGAGCAGCCCCGUGCAGUGCUCGUACCACGACAACGAGGCGAGCUUCGAGCGAGGCCGGCACCGGCAGCCGCCCAUGUACAUUGUGGACUGGGCGUGGCGGCUCUACGGCGAAGGGAGGGCGCAGGACGCCGCCGACGCGGCGCUGGUCGGCGAGUUUGACCCGGCGGAGGUGGACCGCGCGGUGAGGCUGGCACUGGCGUGCUGCCACCCGAACCCGAGGGAGAGGCCGUCCAUGCGGACGUCGGUGCAGGUGCUGGUUGGUGGAGCCGAGGCGCCGGAACCCCCGCUCCUGAAGCCUGCGUUCGUUUGGCCUCCUUUCGGCGAGCGGCAGGAGAUCGAUCUGGCGCAUGUCGGGGUUCUCUUCACCGGAGGCGGAGGGCACUGCAGUUUCUGUUCCCUGUCCUCCACCUCCUUCACGGGAAGGUGAUGAAUUUGCGAGGAUCUGCACAUACGUACAUACUACUCCCAAAUUAGUUUCAUCUGUCAAAACGGAUCAUGAAUUGUUUAUAUAUUGUUUUUUACGAAAACCGUCGGGACGAAAAGUCACAGCGCCUGGUUGGGUUUGAGUGGAUUGAGAUAGAUAGGAGGGGAUUAAAUUUUCUACUAUUUAAAUUAAAUUUAAAUAGGAGAUAAUUUAAUGUCUCAAUCAACCCCUGAUCGAAUAAAUUAUAAGUGAUGUUUCGUUUA